GGCUUUCUCAGCCCAAACAGCACUGCCACCUUCAACAAACCCAGUCUCCGUUGAUGCGAGCUCCAGGUAGUGACCGUGCACAUUCACCAUACCCUAUUUCAAGUUAACGUUAAAUUGUUGGGGAGGAUUUGUGGAGUUGGAAAACUCAGAGGUUGCAUACAAGAGAUAAGAUAAUAUAAUAAUUCAUUCUUCCCGCGAAGGGGAAAUUUGCUACAUUACAGCAGCAACGAGAUUGAGAGUGCAAACAGGAAGCAUCGGUAGAAAAAAUACAAAGCAAUAUACAAGCACAUAAAAUAAGUUAACUAUACAAAAAUGAGCAAGGAUAAGGAGGCAUCAAAAAGAAGGAGAAUAUAAUAAAGAAACAGACUGAAUGGUUGAUUUUACAUUAUUGACCAAUGGAAGUAUAGAUAUUGCAGUUUAACAACACUGAUAUUGCACCUGAGUGAUUGAUUGUGAGCAGUAAAAAAAUAAAAGCAAGAUACAAUGUUAAAUAGACCAGCUGAGUGGCAGAAUUUACAUUAUUGCAUGUAUCAAGUGUAGAUAUCUCACAGUAAAUACAGAUACAGAUAUUGUACAUGAGUGAUGAUUGAAUAUUGUUGAUACAGUAUUAUAUUUAAGACAGUCUUUGCUGCUUUAAAGUUUUACAACUCCAUCCGCUGCCCUAACUAUAGCACCCCAGACUGGAUCAACACAACCCUUAUCUUCUUUCGUAGUGACAUAGCUGUGGUUGUCCUCCCUGACGUAAUCUGAUGUCAGUGACAUCAACAACUACGCUCACUGUCACACAGAUGCCAGUGAGCUCCCUGUGUCAAAUCGAUGUGACCUGCUAGAUUAGGGUUGAUAAAGCCCUGAUCUAACAGGUAAAAGAUAAAGGCCUACUUCAAUUCUUUAAGCAGAUUUUUCACGCAACAAUCUGUCAUGGUUACAACAGUUGUGUAGAGAUGUAGCAUUCAGCAGACGCCUAUUUUACAGACCAAUUCAGCCUCUGUGGGAGGAGAGUUUACAUCUGACUUCUUUCAGCCCUCACAGCCAAUGAGAUAUGGCUUCAGGUGUGUGUCCAGUACUCCGAACAAUAGAGGGUUCUCUUUCACCUGGUAGCAAAUCCUCAUAACGACACUUCUGAUGCUGUCAUCUGCAGGCUCCUGUUUUGGUGUUAAUGAUGUCUGGUAUCAAAAGAAAGAAGUGUACACUUUUAACAUGGAGGACAGUUUUCUGGGUUUUAUUGACCAACAUCAUGCUGCUGCUGUAUUGCCUGACGAACACAAUCCAAGUAAAGAUCAGGGGCUCAAAACAAGACACGUGUCCUCUCAGUAUGGCCAAAUUUUUAAAGAAAAAUGUGAGCACACCUUCUCAGAGCAGAGAAGCGUGCUCCCCCGCAUUCAACAUCAUGUUCAUGAAGACCCAUAAAACUGCCAGCAGCACCAUACUCAACAUCCUCUUCAGAUUUGGAGAAAAGCACAAGCUUAAAUUCGCCUUCCCCGAUGGGCGCAACGACUUCUUCUACCCGUCGCCUUUCCUGUGCUCCCAGGUGAAGGACUACAGGCCUGGAGACUGUUUCAACAUUGUUUGUAACCACAUGCGCUUCGACCAUCAGGAAGUAGCCAAGCUCCUGCCUUCAGACGCUGUGUACAUCACCAUCCUACGUGACCCAGUGGAUCUCUUUGAGUCGUCCUUCCACUAUUAUCACAGAGCGGUUCCUCUCACGUGGAGGAUCAAUGGAGAGAACAAACUGGCGGAGUUUCUAAACAGUCCUCAGACCUUCUACAGCCCAGAGGCCUUUAACUCAUUCUACCUUAAAAAUCUGCUCUCUUUUGACUUUGGUUUUGAUAACAAUCUGGAGGCCGAUGAUCCUCGUGUAAUCAGGAAUAUUCAUAACUUAUCGAAACGUUUUGAUCUGGUUCUCGUAGCAGAAUAUUUCGAGGAGUCUCUUAUCCUGCUUAAGGACACACUGUGUUGGACCAUGGAGGACAUACUAUACUUUAAACUCAAUGCUCGCAGGAGCUCAUCUAUAUCUCGUCUUACCUCUGAGCUGAGAGCCAAAGCUUUACAGUGGAACGGAGCUGACUGGAGACUCUAUCAGCACUUUAAUGCUACCUUCUGGGCCAGAGUGGAGGCGUACGGGAGAGACAGAAUGGAACAGGAGGUAAACGAGCUGAGGAGACGAAACGCUGAGAUGAGGGCCAUCUGUAUCGAGGAUGGAGGUGCAGUUGAAGCCCAGAACAUUCAGGACAGACGCUUCCUGCCCUGGCAGCCAGUUGGAGAGUCUUCAAUUCUCGGAUAUAACGUGAAAAAAAAUAUUGAUUCGAGAUUCAGGACAAUCUGUGAAAAAAUGCUCACACCUGAAAUACAGUACUUGUCAGAGCUGGGCGUGAGCCUGUGGCUUACUAGACUGUGGGGUUGGUUUAAGGAUACUGUUUUUAGUUUGACUUGAAUUAUGACAUUUACAGUGAAAACUUUGUAAUUUAUCCUACAACAUGUGUGUUUUUCAGUUUUCUUCUGAACAAUGCAUCCAUAACAUUACUUAAGAUGUGUCACCUAGAAGCUUUAUUACCCUUCGGCACCUCAGACACCUCCAUUCAUAACGUCUUGGCCAUAAUUGCUCCUCGCAGUUUGUUCUAUCUUUCAUCAUUGUACACUCCAUAAAGAUAAUGUGUUUACACUCUUUUAAAACUGGCAUGAAGAGUAAACAGUAAGACUCCCCUAUGCACCUAAGUUGUAAAUGUCUGCAGCUGAUACUCGCCUCCAUGGUAAGGUUUACAUAGUUACUGCUCCAGCAAUGUUGCGCAAAGCUUAUUUGCUUGAUUUUCCACUGCAAGAACAAAUGUUUCCUCACCCUGGUGCAAAUUUUCCAUUGAACCCUGAGGAAUGAAAUCAGGGCGUGCCAUCUAUCACUAAGCAAUCAGCUACUAUGUUGUUGAGAGUGGUUCUUGUAAUUCAGUGGGACGGGCAAUGCUAGUGUGCCCCCUAGAGGCCUGAGGCUCAGGUGCAGUUUUAUGCAAUGAAUUUGAAUGGCUGUGGCCUUGCCUGACCCUGUCAGUCCAGUUUACAUGUCUUCAUCAUCAGCAGUAAGGAUGGUUUGACAUGGCAAAACUUUUUAUGUGGGUACAUUUUAAUUUCAAUUUAGGCAUAAGCCAAUGAUAAGUGAUUUUUUUUGGUAAAAGGUGGCAGCUACUUUUUGCUAGUUUGGCCAGGCCAGUAUAAGCCAUACUUUUGACUGAUAGCCUUAGAUUUCCAACACCAUCUUAUACCUUGACCUGCAGGUUAAUCUGAAUGAGCUUCAUCAUUUCAUGCCAAAGGAAAAGUUGAGUUUAACAAUUUAAUUUUCUUUUCAUUGCAAUAUUUGUGGUGCAUAUAGACAUUUUUAUAACCCAUCUCUAAUGAAGAUUGUCUUCCCAUACAAAUAUAAAAUGUCACCCUUGAGCUUAAGAUUCCGUAUUAUGUAUGUACUUGAAGCUAAUACAGCAGGCACAUCUAACUGCAGAGACCUUAUGUACAGUAUUGUGUGCACAAGGAAUCAUUGUUAAGGCUCAUACACUGAUUACCGGUAUCACUGAAAUCUGCCAGCCUGGUUGUCCUGUUUUGUUUUUUUUGUAAAUGAUUUUUGUUGUAAACUUGCUUGGAAAUAUGCUAUGUAAACAAAGGGUGUAUUUAUAACUAUUAUAUUAUUUUUUACUUAUUUAUCAUAUGUAGGCUUACUUUUUUUGGUUGUAAUAUAGUAGAUGUGGAAACAAUGAGCACUUGUCUGUCCUCACACCAUUCUGUGGCAUUUUUGUCUCAGAAUCCAGCCGUAGCCUUUGCUGCUUCUUAAAUGUUCCUUUUUUUUACCAUCUCUAGCCUCUAAAUAAUGUCCCUUUUCAUUCAGGUGAUUUUUGUACAGAACAUGUACUUGUAUGUAUGCGGCCCAUUGUGAUAAAUGCCAUGUAACUUGAUUUCUAAGCUUCCACCUUGUGUUACGUGUUCAUUUUCUUGGUGAAAAAUAUUGCAAGGUUGUUAAUGACAGUGACAAAGCAUGAUUUUGUGGUUUAAAGGCACAGCUACAGCAAUUUGGAAAUACAUAAUGGUUAAAUAGCGAACGCAAAGUGGUGCUUUCAUUGGAAUACAGUCUUCUGUCUGCCCACUUGGACAUUUGAAUUCCCUCUGAGCUCAGAUACCAUGCUGUCAUAACACUGCAAUUUUGAAAUGACAUAAUAAAAGGUACAUAAAAACCUAAAAACAGCCACAGACCUAUGAAAAGGACUGCAAGUACCCAUCCACUGUAUAUUUUGAAAAAGCUUGCACACAUGCAGUUCAAUGGAAACAUCAGUUUUACUAGAGAUGGGCUGCAUUA